UCAACGUAAAACACAAAUAUUUACGUUUUAAGCUGGUGAAGAAAAUCUUCUCCUAAUCUUCUCCUCUGUACAGUAUUUGUGAACAACUGUUGUGGUGGUGCAUCGAGGGCAAGAAAAUGUUCCGCUCGGCAACAGCAUCCUCCCUUGCGUCACGGUUUUUCAUUUCCAUCAAUCAUCCUCGAAUAGCGCCCCUGACGAUACCGCUCGCGUCGUUCACGAAUCACGCCCCGAUCCCGGCAAAUGGAACAAAUCAUCUCCACCAGAACGGCAGCAGCAAGGACGAUUACAAUCGGCGCAAGCAACGUACCGCCGGGCCACUGCACUUCAUCGCUGCGAGUUCUUUCCUAUCGUGGUUUAGCAAAAAGUCCGACGAUGAAAACACGCCCGAAAGUCAGCUGAUUACCAUUAUCAAACGCUCCAUCCUAUCGAUACAGAAGGAAGAGUAUCAGAAGGCGGAACAGAUGCUGCAUCUCGCCCUCAAGAUGGCGCAAGAUCUGCAGAGCAAGGAUGGCAUCACGUACAUCUACGACAUCAUGGCAAACCUUGCGAUGGAGGUGGGGGAUUUUGCCAAGGCCGAAAAACUGUUCGUCAACGUUAUGCAGCGCCUGUUUUCGGACGGAUUUUUGGAGGAUCACAUCAAAAUGCUACACAUCAGCUCAAAGGUGGCGCAUCUCGCGCAACUGCAAGGGCAUUUGGAUAAGGCCGCGCAAGGGUUCGAGUGGACGCUGGCCAAGCUGGAGGAGAAACUGAAACAGCUGGGCGAUGACAACGGGAAGGAAAUCCGGGAGCUGUGGGGAAUCACUAAGAACUGGUACGCGCAGCUGCUGAUGGAGAGUAAGCGCUUUGCGGAAGCGAAGCAAGCGUUCCUGCAGGCGUACGAAGCGUACACCGAGAUACACGGCAUGCUAACGGAGGAGGGACUGACGAUACUGAACAAUCUCAGUGUCGCAUGCUCUAACCUUGAAGACUACGCUUCGGCUGAACGGUUUCUCAAAGAGGCCAUUGCACUAGCCGCCCAAAUCCCGGAUCUCUCCGAAGCGGGUGUGUACAAGGCAAACUUGGGGCUACUUUACCUGCAACAGGGACUGCUCCGGCAAGCGUCCGAGUUCUGCACCUUUGCCUGGCGCUACGGAAAGCAGCACAAGCACGAAGAGACUGUACAACAGGCAAGCUACUGUCUGGAGCAAAUUAAAGCGAUGGAAAAGUAAGACCUUUUAAAGGACACUUCGAUGCACGAUGUUGUGGACACACUGACAACACAGCCUACUGUUGCUAUAGAGGAAUGGCACGUUCCUUACUUACUCUCCCCUGUUGAUGAACUUUGUUACCUUAAUUAUUGUUCGAAGAUUAAAAUAAAUUGUGUACAACAAGAUUUCGAUCGCCUGCGGGCGAUAUGAAGAAGAUGUUUAAA